AGAAGAUAAACACGCAUCCGGUGCGGCAGGAGAGAAAAAAAGAUGUCGGCGCCCUCACGAAUGUCAUGUUGUUGACUGUUUCCAGAUAUUUGUGUUUGUGUUUAAACGCUAUUACAUACACGCUAAACUUAUAUUGAGUUAUAUUAUAGGCGUAUCUACAUGAAAUUAGCUUAUUUGUAAGGUAUGUGUUGUUGUUUUUACGUGAAAUGUGGUAUAUAAAUACUCAUGCUCUCAUAAAGACUGGCAUUUUGAUGUUCCUUAUUCGCUCAUGUGUGGUGUUUUAUAAAUAUUUUCUAUCGACUUAAUCUCUUUUGUCUUCAACAGAGUACCUGUCAGUCAUGGUCCAUUUAUCUUCUUUCCUGCUCAAAAAAUAUCAUGGGGGGCAUGUGGUCAUCAGGCUGGCACUAGGAGGUGCCACUAACAGACCCUUUUACCGCAUUGUGGCUGCUUAUAAUAAACGGGCAAGAGACAGCAAAUAUAUUGAGCAGCUGGGCUCAUAUGACCCUCUCCCAAACAUACAAAAUGAAAAACUUGUCGCCUUCAAUUACGAAAGAAUCAAGUACUGGAUUGCAUGUGGGGCUCAUACCACAAAACCAGUGGCCAAACUUCUAGGAUUGGCUGGAUUUUUCCCACUGCAUCCAAUGACGAUAACAGAAGCAGAGCGGAGACAGAAAGCAGCUUUGACCGAAGAAUUUAAAACAGACAGUCAAGAAAAAGUGGAGAAGUAAAUGCAAAAUAAAGUUCAUGAUUUCUACGCAUCUCA